AGGUCCCAUCGGCGCCUGCGCGUGGGGCGGGCGAAAAGAGCCCGGAACCCUGCUUCCUGCCUCGCGUUUCCCGCCGGUGGGGCCGGAGCGCUGCAGUGGGCGCGCCCGCACCGCGGCCGUCGGACUCGGGUCACUAUGGCAACGCGGCGGGGCCGGAGGCUGCGGCAGACGGUCGUUCCGGGUGAGCCGCGGACUUGGGCGCCUCGCGUGGGAGAGAAGCGCCACUCCGCGACGGAUUGGAGAUAAGAGAGCAGAGGAAGCUGCUCGAGUGCGGCGGGGGGAGCGCCCCCCGAGCGGAGCCGUGUGCGCGACGGGCGGGCCGCUGGCUCUCGGAAGCUUCUGGGCUCCAGUCCUCGCUCCGCUCCCUCGCUGCCUCGUUUUCUCAUCUGCAAAGUGGGAGAGCGCUUCGCGAGCCUGUCCAAAGGACCUGGCUCUCGUCGCCGCCCCGAUGCUGCCGCCGCCCUCGGAGCAGGCCCUGGGCCAGCUGCUGGCUCGCAAGGAGGAGGAGUGGAGGGCGCUGCGGGCCCACCGCUGCCAGCUGCAGGAGGCCGCGCUGCAGGACGCGCACAGCCAGCUGCACGAGGCGCAGGGGGCGCUGCGGCGCCUGCGGGAGGACUUCGUCUACAACCUGCAGGUGCUGGACGAGCGGGACCGCGAGCUGGAGCGCUACGACACCGCGUUCGCCCGGGCCCGGGCCCGGGAGGAGGCGCGGCAGGCGGAGGUGAGCGAGCUGAGGGUGGAGGCGGCCCGGCUGAGGCGGGCGCUGGCCAGCGAGGCCCGGCGGCUGGACGACCUGCAGCGGCGGCACCAGCUGAACUUGGAGGAGCACCGGCUGGAGCUGGAGCGCGCGCACAGUGAGAAGAACGGUGAGAUCGACCAGCAGCGGGAGCAGUAUGAAAACCUGAAAUGGAGGCUGGAGAGGAAGCUCGAGGAGCUGGAUGGUGAACUUGCUCUGCAGAGGCAGGAGCUGCUGCUGGAGCUGGAGUCCGAGAUGCAGAAGAGGGAGCACGAGUUCCGCCUGCAGGCUGACCGCAUGAGCAACGAGGUCCUGACACACGAGCUCAAGGUUAAACUGUUGGACAAGGAGCUCGCAGCUCUGAAGGAAGCUGCAGCACGGGCCGCGGAGUCGCUGCGGAGCGCCGAGGCCGCGAACUCGGAGCUGCGGGACCAGCUGCAGCGCGGCGGGCAAGAGCUCAGGGACCUGGCGGCGGCCAAGGACGCACGGAUCAAGGACUUAGAAGGCCAACUUCACUCGGAGCAGCAGGCCAGGAAGAAGGAGGAGGAGGCGUUCAGGAGGAAGCACGAGGCGCUGGACCACCUGGCCAGGGAGAAGGACGCGGUGCUGGUGGCUAUGAAGGGUGCCCACGUGGAGCAGCUGCAGGCGCUGGAGGCCAGGGCGCUGGAGUUGCAGGCCCACGGCGACAGCCUCGAGCUGCAGCUCCGCGGGGCAGAGCGGAGGCAGGCCGAGGCCUUGAAGGAGAAGGACGCCGCCAUGGACAAACUUCGUGAAGGGGCGUCGGCUCUAAAAUCGGGCUGGGAUGCCCAGGUCGCCCAGCUGUCCAAGGACCUGAUCUCCAAGGACCUUCAGAUUCAGGCGCUGCAGGAAGAGGCAGUGGAGCUCAAGGCACAGCUGGCCAGGUGCCAGCAGGACGUCGGAAGGUACAAGCAGCAGCUGCUGGCGGCGGUGGAGCGGGAGCAGUGCCUGCGCCGCGACAAGGUGCAGCUGGAGCUGGACUGGCGACACCGCUGUGACAGUCGCGAGAGGGACCACUACCGCGCGUCUGAGGACUUGCUGCAGGCUCUGACUGCCGCGCGGGACCAGGUUGCUGCCAAGCUCCAGGAGACAGAGCGGACGCUGUGUGACCAGGAGGUGGUGCUGAAGGCCUUGACCCUUGAGAGAGACCAGGCCGUGCAGGCGUUGAGGACACGCGGGCUUCUUCCUGAGAAGGAGGUGCUCCUAAGGCAUCGUGAAGAAGUAAGUGAAAGUUUUCCAUCUAGUGAGAUCCAGAGGCUCCAGGAGCAAAACGCAAGCUUACGACGUGCUGUUGCGGAGAUGAGGGAGGAAAUGGAGACCCUGAACGACCAGGUUCUUCCUCCUGAGCAGUCAGGGGGUCAGGCCUCUGACCCCGCACAGCCCCUUCCAAAGGCAGCAGCUGAGGCCGCGGCUCCUGAUUACAUCAUGGUCCUCGAAACAGAAAUCAGAAAUCUGAAGCAUAAAUUUAAAACCCUGGAAGGACAGGUAGAAGAUGUGUUACAUCCUUCGAAGAUGUCCUCAUCUCACUCUGAUGUUCAAGCCAGCGUCCACAUCUUGGCCGAAGUGCCUGGAGGAGCCGUGCCGGCCGAUGGCACACCCAUGGGUCUAGCGCUCGGGAGGCUCAGAAACAGGACACAUCUCCUGAACUUCCUGGUGGCCCGGCUCAGGCAGAAGGUGCUGCAGAAACCCCUGGUCGCGGACACCGUCCAGCACGAGGUGGGCCAAGUGCACCUGGAGGCUUUGGAGCUGCAGAAGCAGGUGGCUGAGCUCGAGGAGCAUAUCGGGAGCCACUGGCGGUCACGAGCCUUGGACCGGGUGGCCCUUGCGAGGCAGGUCCCUGCAGACCAAGGACCCAUGGGGACCAAAGACCAGAAGCCACAGCCCCCGCAGGUGUCGUCUGUGCCCCGACUCCAGAGGAAACUGAAGGAGGCGGCCCGAGAAAUCGUCCGCCUCCGCCUGGAGAAGGAGCAGCUCCUGGAGACAGGAAACAGGCUCCGAGCGGAGCUGGGCCGCGGCCCAGAGAGAGUGCACGUUGGGACGGUUAGUGAAGGUGUUGAUUUCUGCUUUGAGAAGCCGUGUCAGGCCACACGCGGCUGCGGGACGUCUUGUGUGCGCGUCACCCCCCACCGCGUGCUGCAGGAGAGGAGUGACUGGGGGAAACCACCUAAUCAACCCCUGCCCACUCCUGAGGCCUGGAACCAGAGUGAAGCACCUUUGGGACAGGUGAAGCCCCACUCUGCAGCUCAGGGCUCUAAGAGCGCCGAGACAGAACGUUCCUCUGGACGCCCCGGGGAGGCCCGGCCCCACCUGGCCCAGAGCAUCAGCAGAAGGUCCAGUCCGCCAGGCUGCACAGCAGGAGCUGAGGCCGGGUCGGGGCAGGGGCAACACGGGAUCUCCAGGGCGACUUACAGAUCAGCUCGGCAGAAGGAAAGCCGGUCCCCAAAGCCACACCUGGCUCAAGAAUCCCGUGAGGAAAAGAGCCACCACACCCAAAGCUCCUCAUCACCAGCCAGUGGUCCCCUCCAGGACACGUGGAAGUUACUGGACCUGGGAUCCAGCCCCUCCGGCCUCACGUCCCAGGACGACUCUGUGCCAGAGCUCACAGCACCUCCAGCAGCCGACAGCCUCAGACACCCUGACGGGAGCCCCGUGGGCGCACAGGCUGCCCUUGCCAUCGAAGGGGUGAAGACAGAAGCCCAGGCCAAGGCCAGGCCCGCCAGAACUGCCAGGGCUCACCCUGCAAAAACUAAAUGCUGCCAGAGGCCUCCCAAGAUCCGUAACUACAACUUAAAGGACUGAGUACCCCUGUCGGAGCUUGGGGCCCCAAGCUUUGAUCACGCGGCAGGGGUGUGUGUGCACAAGCACCCAUGUGUGCACGAGCGUGGGGUGCAGGCAGAGAGCUUCAGAGCAGGCUCCCCAGAGCCACCGAGGUGCCCCACUGACCAGCCUGGAGCCAUUAAAGCCCGUACCUCCCGUGCUCUCUCUGGGCCGUGGAGCCGUCUGCUUGUCCCCCUUGGGAAAGGGCAUCAGCGCGAGAGUGCCACAUGAGAGGAGUCCAGGCCGGCCUCCACGGCGGGGGCGUGGGGGGCGGUCACAGGCACCACGGCCCCCCCCAGAGCCCGCUGAGGGUGGUGGGGGACACGGGGAGCAGAAUGCCCGCACACGGAGCAUCCCCAGAGUGCUGUGUGUGUGAGGGGCCCUCCUGGGAGAAGUGAAAGCUGGGGGUCAGGGUGAGCCCCCGUGGCCAGUCCGGGUCCCCGAGCUCUGGCCUGCGUGCCAGGGCGCUCACGUCAGGGAGCCGCUGUGGUGGACGCGGCCCUUCCGGUCCUCAGCCCUGUGAGGUCAACACGGCGGCGGGUCACUCCAGAGCCUCCCACAUCCACCCCGCAGUGAGGCAUUCCUGACGCCCAGAUGCCUGGAGCCGGGCGCCCGAUCCCCUGGGCUCCAAGCACCACAAGACCACGGCCACACCUCGGUGCCCGAGAAACGCCCCACAUCGUGAGCGCGCACCCCUCACACCCGCGGGCGCAUUCUGCAGUGAACUCAGCAGUUGGGACCACGGUCCCUGGUCUCGGGGGUCAGCGUGGGGGAGGCCAGGGCAUGUGCUGCCCCCUUCAUCCAGAGCCCUCAGCCUUUUUGUCCCCUGGCGCCCACACCUGGUUGGCACAGCCAGAGCACUCCUCGCCUGCAGCCGUGCUCGGAAACGGAGACAGCCUGUCCCCAACCCCGGGCAGAGCGUGGUUGUGCCCUCAGGUGGCCUGGGCGCUCUGCACCGAGGCUUUCCCUUUUGGGGCUGCCGGCUGUCACUGAAGCGGGAGGACAGGAGAGGGCCGCCGGGCUGCCGUGUGACCUGUAUGCAUCAUGUGGCCUUUGUGGCUUCAGUUUGCCCUCGAGUAAAAUGUGAACGGCGUCA